CGGAUCGUCUGCGUUAUUCCUCAUCGUUGUCAAUUCGUCUGUCGCAGCCACAAGCGAAGAGUGCGAGACCCGUCCCGCGGUAGCCUUGAGGGGAAAUGCGAAUUACGGGGCACUCUGUGCUCUCUCGUCACCGACGUCCCACAUCCGACGAGACCAUCAGCCUUCCGUCGCAUCGGCAAAGCACCCAACCUCAUCUCACCGUGACACGUGAUUCUUCGUGCUGCUGCCGCCGGCAGCGUGAAGACUAAUGACACGGCCAAAGGUCCCACCAGAGCACAGGCAGCGGACUGCGCAAGCAUGCGAAAGCUGCAAGAGGAGAAAGCAAAAAUGUAAUGGUCUUUGCCCCUGCAACACAUGCGACAAACGGAAAUUUACAUGCAUAUAUACGGAUCGAGACCCCACAUCUCCCAGUGAAGAACGGCCACCAGCAAAGAAACGCGCAAUCGAAGGAAGCGAAGGCGACAGCCCAUUCUUCAACGAGUCGACGUCGGAUAGCCCCAGCAAUGGAUACAAUCACCAUCAUCCGUCACCGCCGUCUCUACACAGACAAAAACCGUCCAUUCAUCAACAACCUUAUGUUGCGGCGCGUGCACUAAGCGUCAAGCAAGAGACACCCUUACCGGGGCUAAGACCGACCAUCGAGCUUGCGGGCAGCUUUAUCCAGGCUCCAACGAGCGAUGGCAAUGCAGAGUCACGACCACUCGCAUCACGAGGCACCACUGUCCACAGCGGUCCAGAGGAGGAAGCAGUAAUUUACAGUCAGAGUAGAAUGCUACAAGACCCAACAGGCAGGGUGCUCUAUAUUGGAGACUCAGCAACGUUGUCAUUCCUGCAGCUGCUCCGGAUGAUGGUAGAAACCGUUGCCGGUUCAUCGCCUUUCACGACUGAUCCUCGACGACACAAGAUCGUCGAAGGGCAAUAUUCUCUGCCAUCCGGAUACCGGCAUACACACCUCCUCCCAGACGUGCAGACCGCUCGUGUACUUGUCGAAGCCUUCUUCAUCAAUACUCAUGGUUUACUGCAAGUGUUCGAACGUGACCGCUUCUUUCAGGAUUUGGAAAGAUGUUACUCGGAUCCACUGUUGGUAGAACACUCAUGGAUCUGCUUACUUAACCUGGUAUUUGCUAUUGGAUUGACCAUGGCUACACCACUUUCUGGGAGCCCGGAAGCCCUCAUCAUCGACAAGCUUCGGAGCGAACACCUUGACAGAGCUGAGGUUUUCUAUCUCAACGCUAAGAGCCUGAACGACCCCAUGACAGGGUUCGAGGAUCAGGAUUUCUGGUCUGUGCAGGCACUGCUCCUCAUGUCCGUCUACAUGUUGGCCAAGUCUAAACGCAACACUGCAUUUGCGCUGCUAGGUAUGGCAGCACGAUCUGCGCAUGCUCUCGGGCUACAUAGAGAGGAGACCAUGGUGAUUUUCAGUCCCGAGGAGCAAAUACAACGGAAGAACUUAUGGCGGUCGAUAUUCGUCAUAGAUCGGCUGCUCUCGUGCUCACUAGGUCGACCAACCGCAAUAUCGGAAGACGACUGCUCAGGAGACACACUUCACCCGCCUGAACAGUACCUAGACCCGCUGUUCAAUCUCAACGGGGAUGUCACACCGGACUACAACGUGACUGGCUCCCAAGCUUUGGAAGCCGCAGUACGAAGCUGCUCGGUAAUUGGUGUCAUAUUGAGAAAGGUUUACCAGCAACGAAAGAUCAGCACCCGACUUGCCCAAGAGAUUGCAGAUAUCUGCAAGGCAUGGCCACGCGCUCUGCCUUCCAUCUUGCACUGGCGACAAGCAGCCAACGCCUCACCAAGCCAAGGGGUUGCCAUUCUUCAUGUUAAUCUGUUUUACUGUCAUUCUAUAAUACUUCUGACGCGACCAUUCUUCUUAUAUAUACUCAAUCUCGAGACGCAACGACAUGUUAAUCAAACUAGUACACGAGGCCCGAGACCAUAUCUUCGCAUGGAAAAGUUCAGCGAGGCUUGCGUGAUCGCCUCGACACAUACGAUCUUGCUUGUCCAGAACGCUUUCGAUGCCGGCUACCUUUCUCGCAGAAACCCAGCGGUUAUCUACUUUCUAUUCGCUGCCACACUCGUUAUUCUUGCCAAUGAGUUUGCUGGUCUGUACAAAGUAGACGCAUCAGACACGUGCAUCUUGAAUGCAUUCACCAUCAUGAACUACUGUGCAGAAAGCGAUCAACAAGCAAGUAGAUUGGUCUACAUCCUCAGCUCCUUCCGCGACGUCGUCACACAACAACGCAUGAGGCGGAAACAAAUCCAACCGGAAAACGCGACACUACCAAGCAUAGCCUCACAGCUCUACGGCAUCCCGAUGCCUAAUCAACAGCAGCAACAGAACCCAAGCACCAGUCUCGCAAACUCAACGGAUCCCAUGAAUGCAACACCACGCCUCCACCAAGUACCUAUCCACAUCUACCCAGGCAUGCAAACCACACCACUUCACGAACCCACCUUCCUACUACCCCAUCAGACGCCCCUACAACACUCCCAACCACCAUCCGAUUUCUCCGUCCACUUAUCCCCCAUACAAGACCCCUCCGCUUCAGCCGCCCACUCUGAACCCUUCGGCACCACCGCUACCUCAACAGAUGCUUUCCCCACGCCCUCGAAACCGCCCUCGCUAUCCAUGAUGCUGGACUUCUCCGCGCUCGAAGCUACAAGGGUGCCGAGUUUGCAUAGCGAAGAGAGCGGACAAGAUGAGCAGAUUGAUUUCGACGCGCUGUGGGCUUGGCCGAGUAAUACGCCGGCGAUGGAGAGUCCGCGGCCGGGGCUGGAUGGCCUUGCUGCUAACGGUGGUGGAGGUGGAGGAGGAGGAGGGAUCACGGAGAGGGUGCAGGAGAUUAGUGAUAGUGCUGUGCCGCUGUUUGGCGUCAGUCGCGAGGGCACUGGACAUGCUACAGAUUCGUAAAGUAAACCUAUGGUGUAAGAGGUGGUUGCAAAACGAGACGGACAGCUGAAACCUCAAUGGAAUCCUUGAAAAGGGUCCUUCUCUCUUUUAACGGGGUGUUAAGCGUUUUGGUAUAUAUUUCGGCUAGCUCGGCAAAGGAUGAAAGGGAACGAAGGUACGAUCACAUAAUGGCAUGGUCUGUUUGGUAGGGUAGGGUGGGUAUGGCCUGGGCUUUCAUGACCUUGUGUGUGUACGUAUGUAUGUCUGCAUGUAUAAUU